CGCAAAGAGCAGCAGUGCCGCCGCCGAUUAGGUCCUAGCGCUUUGGUGGAGAUGUUGGACAUCAAUCUCUUCCGGGAAGAAAAGGGUCACAACCCUGAACUCAUCCGCGAAUCUCAGCGCCGUCGUUUCGCCAAUGUCGAACAAGUCGACGAAGUCAUCCAUCUCGACAAAGAAUGGCGAAAGCGACAAUUUGAGCUGGAGAAUCUCCGGAAAGAGGUCAACAAGAUCAGCAAGGAAGUCUCUAAGCUUAAGCGUGCAGGUGAAGAUGCGACCAUGCUCAUCAGUGAAUCGGAGGAUGUAAAGAGACAGAUAGCAGAUAAAGAGGUUGAAGUUCAGGAAACCUUAAAACAGCUGAACUCAAAGCUGGAAACAAUUGGAAACCUUGUGCAUGAUUCAGUUCCAGUCAGCGAUGAUGAGGCCAACAAUGCGGUGAUUAGAUCAUGGGGGGAGAAGAGGAUGGAGCCUAAACUGAAGAAUCAUGUGGAUCUAGUUGAGCUCCUUGAAAUAGCAGAUACAAAGAAAGGAGCUGAUGUUGCUGGAGGUAGAGGUUUCUAUCUCAAAGGAGAUGGUGUUCGUCUCAAUCAAGCUUUAAUUAACUUUGGACUUGAUUUUUUGGAAAAAAGAGGAUAUACUUUGUUGCAUACCCCUUUCUUCAUGAGAAAAGAUAUAAUGUCAAAAUGUGCUCAGUUAGCCCAAUUUGAUGAAGAGCUUUAUAAGGUUACAGGUGAAGGAGAAGACAAAUAUCUUAUUGCAACAGCUGAGCAGCCAUUAUGUGCAUAUCAUUUACAUGAUUGGAUCCACCCUUCUCAACUACCUAUACGAUACGCUGGAUAUUCAUCAUGUUUCCGUAAGGAAGCUGGAUCUCAUGGUCGCGAUACCCUGGGAAUAUUUAGAGUUCACCAGUUUGAGAAAGUGGAGCAGUUUUGCCUUACUAGCCCAAAUGGCAAUGAUUCUUGGGAUAUGCACGAGGAAAUGAUGAAGAACUCUGAGGAUUUUUACAAAGCCUUAAACCUUCCUUAUCAAGUAGUAGCCAUUGUAUCUGGUGCUUUGAAUGACGCUGCAGCAAAGAAGUGUGAUCUAGAAGCGUGGUUUCCAGCAUCUCAAGCUUAUAGAGAGCUUGUGUCUUGUUCUAACUGUACUGACUAUCAGGCCAGAAGACUAGAAAUUCGAUACGGUCAGAAGAAGAGCAAUGAGCAGACUAAGCAAUAUGUUCACUUGUUGAACUCUACUCUCACCGCUACUGAGAGGACUAUUUGCUGCAUACUGGAAAAUUACCAGAAGGAGGAUGGUGUAGAGAUACCAGAAGUCCUCAGACCAUUCAUGGGUGGAAAGACUUUUCUUCCUUUCAAGAGCCAAACAACUAAUGAAGCCAAAGGGAAGAAAUCGAAGGCCUAAUUGCAUCAUUUUUUCAGUCUGAUAUUCACGAAAGAGUUUGUUUAAAAUGAAUCUUACUUUAUCCCUGUGUUAUUUCCUAUCAUAAGUUGCCGCUACCUCCCCCUUUAUUGUCAUUUCCCCUUUGGGUCUGAUAUUUAUGAAAAGAUGUCAUUUAAAAUGAAUCUUAGCUUACCCCUUUGUUA